ACAUGGUGUUCCCACAGCUGGGAGGACACCCACAUGGUCGGCGUGCAGGAUAUUUCGCUGGACCCUAGAAAAGCCACCACGACCUGUGGGCCAUGAUGCUACCCCAAUGGCUGCUGCUGCUGUUCCUUCUCUUCUCCUUUCUCUUCCUCCUCACCAGGGGCUCACUUUCUCCAACAAAAUACAACCUUUUGGAGCUCAAGGAGUCUUGCAUCCGGAACCAGGACUGCGAGACUGGGUGCUGCCAACGUGCUCCAGACAAUUGCGAGUCGCACUGCGCGGAGAAGGGGUCCGAGGGCAGUCUGUGUCAAACGCAGCUGCCAGCUACUCCAUGCUUCCUGCCUUCGAAUACGGUGAGAAAGUGAAGUCAGGAGCUGCUGCUAAGGCAUGUGGCAACCUUGAAGAGAAGGUCAAGAGCUACCAGCCACCAAAAGAAUGCCAGCACUUCCUGUGUCUUUGCUUUGGAUUCAUGAGAAGUAUACGUCCUAUUUGCUUCAGCCAUAAUUACUUGGGUUUUUCUGCUACUUACAGCUGAAUGCAAUCCUAACUCAUAAGCCUGUGGUUACAGGAGGAUUCAUUGAUCACAGAACUGCAAGAUCCUGGGGCUGGGACGACAUCAAAGUUUCAUUCAGUUCACUGUCCCUCACUCUCUGUGGGAAUCUCCUCUCUAGCAUCUCCACCGAGGGGUCAGUGAGCUUCCACCUGCAUACCUGGAUGAUGGGCACCUCAGUACUGCCUAAGAUAACUCAUGUUUGAUGGCUCCAGGGGAUAUACAAUUUUUAUAUUAAGGCAAAAUUAAAUUCCUUACAGUUUCC